AUGGCGCCGGAGCCAGAGGACGACUUCCUGAACGAGAAGAACCCGAGGCCGCUCGACGAGGACGACAUCGCCCUCCUCAAGACCUACGGGCUUGGGCCGUACUCGAACAGCAUCAAGAAGGUCGAGAAGGAGAUAAAGGAGAUGGCCAAGAAGAUAAACGACCUGUGCGGGAUAAAGGAGUCUGAUACUGGGUUGGCUCCACCAAGUCAGUGGGAUCUUGUAUCAGAUAAACAGAUGAUGCAAGAGGAGCAGCCACUGCAGGUCGCUCGAUGCACGAAGUUUGUGGUUGGCUUAGGGGACAAAGUUUCCCCCACUGAUAUCGAGGAAGGAAUGAGAGUUGGGGUUGAUCGAAACAAAUACCAGAUUCAAAUUCCUUUACCGCCCAAGAUUGAUCCAAGUGUUACAAUGAUGACAGUUGAAGAAAAGCCGGAUGUGACAUAUAAUGAUGUUGGUGGCUGCAAGGAGCAGAUUGAGAAGAUGCGGGAGGUUGUGGAGCUUCCUAUGCUUCACCCCGAGAAGUUCGUCAAGCUGGGUAUUGAUCCUCCAAAGGGAGUACUUUGCUAUGGUCCUCCAGGAACUGGAAAGACUCUUCUUGCCAGGGCAGUGGCCAAUCGGACCGAUGCUUGUUUUAUCCGCGUGAUAGGCAGUGAGUUGGUCCAGAAGUAUGUUGGUGAAGGGGCCCGGAUGGUUCGUGAGCUCUUCCAGAUGGCUCGGUCAAAGAAGGCAUGCAUUGUCUUCUUUGAUGAGGUUGAUGCCAUUGGUGGUGCUCGGUUUGACGACGGCGCUGGGGGUGACAACGAGGUCCAGCGCACCAUGCUCGAGAUUGUCAAUCAGCUCGAUGGGUUUGAUGCGAGAGGAAACAUCAAGGUCCUCAUGGCCACCAACAGGCCUGAUACAUUGGAUCCGGCACUGUUGCGUCCUGGGCGGCUGGACAGGAAGGUUGAGUUUGGCUUGCCAGACCUGGAGGGCCGCACCCAGAUCUUCAAGAUCCACACCCGCGCGAUGAACUGUGAGCGGGACAUCCGGUUUGAGCUGCUGGCUCGCCUCUGCCCCAACUCCACUGGCGCUGAUAUCCGGAGCGUGUGCACAGAGGCGGGAAUGUACGCCAUCCGUGCGCGCAGGAAGACCGUCACGGAGAAGGACUUCCUUGAUGCUGUCAACAAGGUCAUCAAGGGUUACCAAAAGUUUAGCGCCACCCCGAAGUAUAUGGUGUAUAAUUAG